AUCAUUUUAUUUUCAUACCGUUACCAUUACAUUACGAACCUCCGACGAAACCACCAUCCCAAACCGCUCGUUGAUAAAAACCAUGGUUUUUGACUGCCAAAAAUCGCCACGUUUGCAGUUCUCGACUACCCCAGCUGCGGCUAACUCGUCCCACCUUCAACCGCGUUUUCUUACGAAACAGCUCUUCUAUAAAUAAUGUCAUAACUAUAAUUAUGCUCUAGUAAGAAGAACUGAUAGUUGUCACAUUCCAAAACUGGCCAGAAAUCUCUGCUAGAAUCCUUGCAAAGAGACUGAGACUGCCUUUCUGCUAUUUUUCUUCAGCAGUUCUCUUGGGCUUUUGUUAGAAUCAUGGCAGGAGGAAGCAGUGAUUCCAAUUCAAGAGAUCUUGAUCAGACACCCACAUGGGCUGUUUCUGCAGUUGUUGCAAUUAUUAUUAUCAUUUCUAUUGCUUUGGAGAAGCUUCUUCACAAACUCGGAACGUGGUUUACAGAGAGACGCAAAAAGGCUCUAUAUGAAGCUCUUGAGAAGGUUAAAGAUGAGCUGAUGAUUCUUGGGUUCAUUUCGUUACUCCUGACAUUCGGGCAGAAUUACGUUGUAAAAAUCUGCAUCCCUACUAAAGUUGCGAAUACAAUGUUGCCAUGCGCUUUAAAGACAACGGCAACGGAGAGCAAGGACCGGAGGCUUCUAUGGGAUGAUCCAUUCUCGGACUCGAGUUUGCAGCGUAGAGCCUUAGCGGCUGCCGGGGCAGCUACUAAAUGCAAGACGGGUCACAUGCCACUUGUUUCUGCAAAUGGGAUACAUCAGUUGCACAUCUUCAUAUUUUUCUUAGCAGUCUUUCAUUUGGUGUAUAGUGCUCUAACAAUGGCUCUUGGAAGAUUAAAGAUCCGUGGAUGGAAGCAGUGGGAAAUGGAGACUCAAUCCCUUGAUUACGAAUUUUCUAAUGAUCCUCAGAGAUUCAGAUUUGCUCAUGAGACAUCUUUUGUGAGAUUACACAUCAGUUUCUGGAACAGGAUUCCGAUCUUGUUUUACAUUGUAUCCUUCUUCCGUCAAUUCUUCAGGUCCGUUCGUAAGGCAGACUACUUGGCCAUGCGCCACGGAUUCAUCGUCGUCCAUUUAGCUCCAGGCACCAAGUUCAACUUCCAAAAAUAUAUUAAAAGAUCACUGGAGGAUGACUUCAAGGUUAUUGUGGGAAUUAGUCCUCCGUUGUGGGCUUCACUUGUGAUCUUCUUGCUCCUAAAUGUUAAGGGGUGGCAAGUACUGUUUUGGGUGUCCAUUCUUCCCCUAGUUAUAGUCUUGGCCGUUGGAACUAAGCUGCAAGCUAUCAUCACGAGGAUGGCACUUGAAAUCCAUGAGAGGCAUGCGGUGGUUCAAGGAAUUCCUCUCGUGCAAGUCGGCGACAAACACUUCUGGUUUGGUCGCCCUGAGCUGGUCCUAUUCCUCAUCCAUUUCACACUGUUUCAGAAUGCAUUCGAAAUAAUAUAUUUCCUGUGGACAUGGUAUGAGUUUGGGUUGAGGUCUUGUUUCCAUGACAAUCUUAGGCUUACAAUUGCCAGAGUUGCUCUUGGGGUAGGAGUCCAAUUUUUGUGCAGCUACAUUACUCUUCCGCUCUAUGCACUUGUAUCUCAGAUGGGAUCAAACAUGAAGAGAUCUGUCUUCGACGAACAGACGUCCAAGGCCCUCAAGAAAUGGCAUCAGGCAGUGAAGAAGAAGCAUGGGAAGUCAGCCCGUUCCCCUACCAGGAGCCUCGGCAUGAGCUCACUUGUGAGCCCAAGCGCAACCCCUCUGCACUCACUUCAACGUUUCAAGACUACUGGUCAUUCGACGGCCACACCCCGUAGAGGUUACCACUCUGACCAAGACAUGUCUGACAUGGAAGGCGAUCAUUCGCCCACAUCUCAGACGGCCGUCUUGAUACCUGACACACCAACUCACAGCGUGGAGUCUGGAUCAGGAGAUCAAGAGCACCAUGUGGAAGAACAUCGGAACGAGGAUGACUUCUCGUUUGUAAAGUCUGCCCCAUCAGCAGGACGAACCAUCUGAUGAUGGUGAUGGUGAUGAUGAUGGUAAUGAUGGUGAUCUCUCACCCUCCAUAUGGGCAUUUUUCUAAAUUCCCACUCCAUAAUUUGGUGCAUGUAUUAUCAUAUGAUCAGUUUUUUUUUUUUUUUGAGUAGUCCAUUCGAUGUGUACAAAAGAUGUACAUUUUAUAUUUUUGUGAAAGGAUCCAUUGGUAAGCAUUGGUACCUAA